UCCCUCCGUCUGUCUCUCCAUCCACCCCUCUCUCUCCUCCCCCUCCCUCCGUCUUUCUCUGUGUUUUUCUCCAGAGACCUCCAGCUUUUGAACACCACACUGUUCUUACCUACUGGCCCUCCAACCCCACACACACACGAAGACAGAGAAGCUCAGAAACCAUGAUUCCUCUCCGUCUGCCCCUCUUGGCCGUGAUGGUCAGCUUGGCCCUGUGCCAGUAUUACGACUACGACUACCAACCCGCCUCCAUGCUGGGGCCGUCGGGGCCCAACUGUGACCGCGAGUGCGACUGCCCCAUCAACUUCCCCAGCGCCAUGUACUGCGACAGCCGCAAGCUGAAGUUCGUCCCCGUGGUGCCGACGGGCAUCAAGUACCUGUACCUCCAGAACAACCUGAUUGAAGACAUCAAGGCGGGAGUGUUCGAUAACGUCACCGACACACUUCGCUGGCUGGUGCUUGACAACAACCAGAUCACCAACGGUAAGAUAGCCAAGGGCACCAUCGACAAACUCAACGCCCUGGAGAAGCUGUUCUUCAGCUACAACAACCUCACGGAGCCAGUCAUCCCUCCCUCAAAGGUGCUGGAAGAGCUGAAGAUGACGCACAACAAGUUGUCCAAGUUCCCCUCCGGACUCUUGUCUGACAAGGAGAACCUGACGUCCGUCAACGUUCAGCAUAACGAGUUGACCUCCGACGCCAUCGGCGGGGCUUUCAAAGGGCCCAAGAAGCUGCUGUCGCUGGACGUGAGCCACAACAAGCUGAAGAAGCUGCCGGCCGGCGUCCCCAGCUCGCUGGAAAUCCUCUACGCGGACUACAACGACAUCGACGGCGUGGCGGCGGGAUACCUGAACAAGCUGCCCGCCCUCAAGUACCUGAGGAUCUCCCACAACAAGCUGGCGGACGCAGGGAUCCCGGCCGGGGUGUUCAACGUGUCGUCCCUGCUGGAGCUGGACCUGUCCUUCAACAAGCUGCAGUCCAUCCCCGAGAUCAACGAGCAGCUGGAACAGUUCUACCUGCAGGCCAACGAGAUCAACAAGUUUGACCUGGCCAGCUUCUGCAAGUUUGUGGGACCCAUCAACUACUCCCGCCUGAAGCAUCUGCGUCUGGACGCCAACAACAUCACGCACAGCAGCAUGCCGCCAGAGUCCUCCAACUGCCUGCGCCAGGCUUCAGACAUCAUGUUCGAAUAAGGGCCGCCUUCAGAUCUGUCCCCUUUCACCCAGCCAUGCCCUUUACUGGCCCAGCUCCAAGCCUUCUGGACCCAAAUGUCUUGAUUAUAUCAAAAAUUUUCUAGUGCUGACAAAUCUGGAAGUACUUUAUAUUGAUUGGCUAAAUGUAUCUUCAGCUAAAAUGAAAAGAAAAUUUAACUUAAUGUAUUUAGGCAUAUGGAUUCAUUUUGCAAAUUUAUUACGCUUUUCAUGCAUAAGAAUCGCUUUUCCAAUAUUCAAAUGUAUGAAUUUAUAUUUUGAUCGUUGGGAAAACAACAAGAGAUUGCCAGAUUUUCCUAACGACACACACUUCACACAUUCCAACACUGAUACAGACACGGUGGGGUUAGCAUUGGCUGAAGUUCUCCAGUCUGUAUCAUUUUGUGUCUGUCUUGUCUGCAGUCUCGCAAGUGUAAAAUACUAAGGGGAAAGUUUCAUCCAUUGCUGUGCAAAGGACCAGCAGGUACAGACUGCAUGCUCACGUGUCAUGGUGUAAUGUGAAGAAUUAUAAACAGAUGGAAUAAAGCUGUCACAUCGUCAAAAGUCAACGUGGAGUUUGAAUAAAUGGAGAAAACGAACACGUCGGCUCUUUAAUGCCAAAAAAACAAACAAACCCUCGAAGUGACUUUUCCACUUUGAGGUCACGUUUUCUUGAAAUCGCGAGUCGAUUGUUCCUGUAUGUUAGUUCAUUCCUCGCUCUCUGCUGUCUUGCACAUUUGCUGAUUUGUAUACGACGCUCUCACGACAGUUCUUCCACAAUAAACUACAGCUUUUUUGCAGUUAAGGUGCUUUUCAUUGUUAAGCCGCUGUCUACAGUGACAUUUCCUCUUCAUCACAUCACCUUGGCGCCAUUAUUGAUCCUCUGGUGUAUUUCCAGUACGUUACUAGAUCUUGUUUUUGUGUUUUCUCAUUUCGUGGUGACUUCCUUUAUGAGGCCUUUGACUUGGUAACUGUUCUUGGAUUUGCUGUGAGAAAACAUCACAAAUUUGAAUAAACUAUGGUUCCAACA